AUGGCCGUCACCUACGCUCUCCCUCAAAUCCCCACCAGGCCAGCUCGACCCGCCAGAUCGCCCGAGGCGGAAGAUUCUGCUUCGCGCAGGUUGACGCCUUACCCUGAUCCCAAAAAAGCUUUCCCGUUGUCUGACGACCACGACGACAACAAGAACAAGCAUGAUCAAGAUUCGAAGCUCAAAGAUCUUGAACUACCGAUCUCAAGCCCUGGUUCUGAGCGUGUCAAACCCAUCGAGAUCAAUUUCAGCCGGAUAAGCAAGAAACUCCGAAGAUCGCCUUCGAACCCCCCAGGGAUUGUCGGGGAUCGGUCCAAGCUCGAGAGAAAGUCUUCAUUGCCCUCUCUAGGCUCGUCCUCGUUCGACAACUUUGCUUCGGGUGAAGGUACUUUGGGUGAAAGAAGACCGAGGAGGAGGGAUGGGUGGCUCAUCCCGGAUGCUUUUGUGCAGGAUUAUCUGAAAGAUCUUAAAAGUCUAGCUUCCUCUUUGUCAUUGACGAACUCGAAGGAAAAGAAGACCCUCAAGCUGCCGGUCGACAACGAAAAAUCAAGGGUCGUCCGCCGGGACCACGCGCCCCUCGACGUGUCUUACCAAUCAUCCUUCGGAUCGCAACCGCACACCGCACAUCCCGUCUCGAUAGACGAGGUCUCAAUCUACUCGCAAGAAUCGACUGAUCUAGCGUAUCUCCGAGAGGCCUCUAUCAAGAGUGUACGAAGGUACCUCAAGGAGGUGCCAAAGGUGGUUGAGAAGAAGAGGGGCAGGAUGGCACGCGCUCGAAUGUUCCUGCUUGGUACUAGCAAGGAAGGAAAGGCUGUAUGA